GAACCGAUUGUUCAGUGAAUGAGUCAAGUGCUGCCAUUUUUUAGGCGUAGCUCAUUCCACUUAGAAAUGUUUAAUAAUUAACGUCCUAUAGACAUUAUAAAAAAGUUAAAUUCUUGUUAAAUUGUAGAGUGCCUUAACACAAUUAGCAAUCAUGCGGUGUACUGACGUAUUCUGGCGAAGUACUUUCGCUUUUGGAGUUAUCUUAAUUAUGGGCGUUUUCGCACAAUAUGAGUGGCAAGCUCGAGAUGCAUUUGACGAGAUUAAAAUCAAAUACGAUAAAGUGACUCAAGAUAAUUGUCCUAUUCAACACUUGGGUGAUCUUUAUCUACCUGAAGACACAAUUUCACAUCUUCCCGACAUCAAAGAAAUCAACAUUAAUCCAGUGUUUCCUAAUCGAACCGCUUUGCUACAUCUUCACAAUAUGGCAUUAAGUCGCGCAUUCUUCUGGAGUUACAUUCUUCAAAGUCGAUUCAUUCGACCAGCAAUCAACGACACUUACGAUCCUGGAAUGAUGUAUUACUUCUUAUCAACCGUUGCUGAUGUUUCAUCCACUCCGUCAGUUAAUGCAUCAUCAAUUUACUUCUCCCCAAACUCAUCAUACUCAUCAUCAUAUCGAGGCUUCUUUAACAAAACAUUCCCAAGAUUUGCACCAAGAACAUAUCGAUUAGAUGACUUUAACGAUCCAAUUCAUCUUGAGAAGAUAUCAACAUUAAACACAUUCAUUGUUCAAGAUCUUGGAGCGAUUCCAGCGAAUUCAUAUUCGAAAGAUUAUACCAGUGAUUAUUAUAAAAUCAAUGAAUGGUACAAGAAAUGGUUGCCAGACGAUGUUGAGAAGCGUCACGAUACGAAAACAACUUACGAUAUUGAGAUUCGUUAUGCUAAUAACACAAAUGAAACAUUUACAUUCCAUGGCCCGCCUGGUGCUGAUGAAGAUCCAGGUCCUGUUAAAUUUACACGUCCUUAUUUUGAUUGUGGUCGUUCAAACAAAUGGCUUGUAGCUGCUGUUGUUCCCAUUGCUGACAUUUAUCCCCGACAUACACAAUUCAGACAUAUUGAAUAUCCAAAGUACACAGCAAUAUCAGUAGUUGAAAUGGAUUUUGAAAGGAUCGAUAUAAAUCAAUGUCCGAGAGGUGAAGGCAAUAAGGGACCGAAUAAAUUUGCUGAUACGUCAAGAUGUAAAAAAGAAACGACGGAGUGCGAACCACUGGAUGGUUGGGGAUUUCGACGAGGUGGCUAUCAAUGUCGAUGUAAACCGCAACAUCGGCUGCCAAGUAUGAUACGACAAGCUUUUCUUGGUGAAAUACUUGAGCGUGCAAGUGAUGAGCAAUAUUACAAUGGCUUUGAUUGUCUGAAGAUUGGAUGGAUUCAAAAGGUUCCAAUUCAAUGGGAACGAGCACCACCUUAUGUUCGUGAAAGAUAUCUUGAUCGUCAUCCCGAAUAUCGUAACUACACAACAGGCUCUGGAUCACUUCACACUGAUAAGAUUAAUGCUGAUCAAGUAUUGAAUUUCAUUUUGGGAGUUUCCGAGAGAACAUGUCAUGAUUAUCAUGAACAAGAUUUGGUUCUUCGUGGUGAUAUCGCGUAUGGUGCAAGAAAGCAAUUCGAAAAUGAAGCUAAAAUGGCAUUGAGACUUGCAAACUUUAUUAGCGCAUUUUUACAACUUUCCGAUCCAGCAGAAGUUUAUUCAGGAAAACGUGUGGCUGACAAGCCAUUAACAGAAGAUCAAAUGAUUGGAGAAACGCUCGCUCUUGUACUUGGAAACACAAAAAUCUGGUCUGCUGGUACUUAUUGGGCAAGAAAUAAAUUCACAAAUCGAACGCUUUUUGCGCCGUUUGCUUAUAAGAAACAACUCAACACCAGAAAGUUUAAAGUUGAAGAUUUAGCAAGAUUGAAUAAAACUGGGGAAACUUAUCUUGAGAAACCAUUCUUCAAGUUCUUAAAGCAACGUUGGUCAACAAACUUCGAUGACUUGGAACAAUUCUGGUUGAAAAUGAGAAUCAGACACAAUGAAACUGGCGAAUAUUCACAAAAAUAUGAACAUUAUCCAAACUUUUAUAAUGCCCCACGACUUGAACAUGGCCAUUGGAGUGUGCCGCACUUUGACUGCAAAGGUUUAGUGAAAAAAUGGAUUAUAACUUAUGCAGUUCCUUUCUUCGGUUUCGACAGUUUAGGAGCGAGUUUGGAAUUUAAGGGAGUUGUUGCUGUUUCAAUGGAUAUGAGACAAUUAGACAUAAAUCAAUGUGAAGAUGAUUAUCACGUACCAAAUGCGUUUAAACACACACAUAAAUGUGAUGACACAACGUCAUAUUGCGUGCCAAUUCAAGGACGUGGCUUUGAGAGUGGUGGAUAUAAAUGUGAAUGUCGUCAAGGAUUUGAAUAUCCAUUUGAAGAUUUGAUCACGUACUACGAUGGACAAGUUGUGGAAUCAGAAUUUCAGAAUAUAAUGAAUGAUAAAGAGACGAGAUAUGAUCUGUUUAAAUGUCGAUUAGCUGGUGCAGCUGGAAUUAAAGGCCAACUUUUCCUGAUAUCAAGCUUCGUUCUCUUCAUUUUAUUAAUUGUGCAAAUUCUAAUCAUUGUUAAUCAUAAUCGAGAACGCAAAUACAAAAAUUUGAUUGCAUUUUGGAUUUUUGGUUUGUGCAAUAAUUACGGAUAUGUUGUGAUGUUAACAGCAGCAAUUGAUAUCAUCGACAAUAAAAUGGUAGAAUUAAUUUUUUUUAUCGAAUUCAUUAAUAAAACUUUUCUAUUAAAGGAAUCUACAGCAAUUGAUGUGACGAUCAUGCAAAGACAAUGCACAACGAUGAGUACUGGCGCAAUUCUAUUAGCAGACAUUAUUCCAUCGCUUUUAAUUAAAAGUCUUUCUCCUUUUCUUCCCUACAACACAAACAUUCGUAUCACUGUCUCAUGCUUAACUUCUAUCUUCAGCUUCAUAGCUGUUGCAUUAGCAAAAUCAAAGCAAGCUGUGAUCAUUGGAGUUGUCUUAACGUCGUUCGCGUCUGGUUUAGGCGAGCCAACAUUUCUGGCUCAUUCAACAAAAUAUGACAGAAAUGUUGUGUCAUCUUGGUCGAGUGGAACUGGAGGUGCUGGCAUAAUUGGUGCACUUUCUUAUUCGCUUUUAAGGGAAAUGGGAUUUAGCAGCCGAAACACUCUUAUGCUGAUGAUUUUAGUUCCAGCACUCGAACUUUUCACUUAUUUUACUAUUCUUGGUCAUCCAAAUCGUACACGUAAUAGGGAAGAACAUGAUGAAGAUGAAGAACGAGAACCAUUAACAACAAGCGAUUCAGAUUCAUUGGUAGCAACACGAGUUCAUUCUUUAUCAACGAAGGAUAAAUUUGCCUACAUUCCCAAAUUAAUGAUUUACUUCAUUCCUUUAUCAAUGGUUUACUUUUUUGAGUAUUUUAUAAAUCAAGGAUUGUUCGAAUUGGUUGUUUUUCAAAACAUUUCUUUGACUCCAUCACAACAAUAUCGCUGGUAUCAAGUGACAUAUCAAAUUGGAGUUUUCAUAUCAAGAUCAUCAGUUAACAUAAUUCACAUUAAAAAGACUUGGAUAAUGGCUGGAAUUCAAUGUUUUAUUGCGAUAUAUUUUCUGACUGAAGCGAUUUACUUAUAUACGCCAAGUAUCACGAUCGUCUUUGCUUUUAUAUUUAUCGAAGGCCUGCAAGGUGGCUUAGCUUAUGUCAACACUUAUUACAGAAUAAGCACAGAAAUUUCAUCAAAUUACAAUCAAUUCGCUAUGAAUAUUGUUGCAUCAAGUGACAGUAUCGGAAUUGUCAUUGCUGGAUUCUUAGCAAUUCCCACGCACAACUGGAUUUGCAACAUGCCCGGGAAUAAAAUUUUAUAA